AUGUCAACCAAUACAGGAAAAGACUUGGAGGACAGCUUCGGUGACGCAGUGGAUUAUUCUGUGUUCUGUCAGAUUCUGGAAAUGGACGAUGACCCCGACGAUAGAGAGUUCAGCACCAGUAUCUGCUAUGGCUUUUUCGAGCAAGCUGAAGAGACUUUUGAACGAAUGGGGUUGGCAAUAACGGAGGGGGAACUCCGACAAAUAAACGAACUCGCCCAUUUUUUAAAAAAUUCUUCAGCAACUAUAGGGAUUGUCAAAGUGCAGAAAGGCUGCGAAAAAAUUCAGCACUACGGAAUGAACGAAGAUUUGGACGGCUCACCAGAACCUGAUUCUGAGCUAUGCUUGAGACGGAUUGUGGAGGCGCUCGAGGACGUCAAAGCGGACUAUUCUUAUUCUGUGAGGAAGAUUAAGGCAUUCUAUUCGAACCAAGAAGUUGAGUAG